AGCAGAGGAAAUCUACUGCAUGUUAGAGCAAAGCAUACAAACCCAGUACAGGCACAAAUAGUAUGUGAGCGGCACUCUUUCUAUGAACGCCUGUGGAAAUUGGAUGGAUAUAUUCUGGAAAGCAUGGAUUUUUUAGCAUUUUUAGCUCUCUGGUUGUCUGGACUGGUGGUCUCAGAUAGAGUGGAAGCUGUGAGAGACCUGAUUCUGGUGAAUUCUCUUCCCUUAAUUGCCAAUUCGGACACCUCUAUGAUUUGUAUUGCACCUCCAUGGAGUUCCCCAGAGACUAUCUCUAUUGUUAGAGACAUUGAUGCCCUUGUAAAUACGCUGCAUGAUCCACUGGAAGUCAGUCUGGAUGAAACACGGAGAGCUGCCAAAAGGGUGGUAUGGAAAAAAGAGAAGACAGCUGACGCCAUUGGAGCCUAUUACUGUGAAUGGAAAUCUAGAGACACAGUAACCAGGAUACGGACUAUGAAGAUGUCAGCACAAGCUUCAUUUAUUCCAACAUCAUUAACUGUCACCGGAAGUCUUGGGGACAAUAUCACUCUUAGUUUUGUGAAGAAGGUUCCAACUGAUGAAGAUGCAGUAUUCUACAAGAAGAAUUCCUUCUUUCACUCUGUGCCAAAGCAUGAAGUGCCACCACUGCUAGAGCACACUAUAAUGAAUGUUGAGCCCAAUGAUGCAAGUGUGUACCUGGUGCGUUACAUUGGAGGCAACCAUUUUAACACCGCUAUCACCAGGCUUAUUGUCAGACGAUGCAAAGCACAAAAGUGGGGACCACAAUGUAAUAGAACAUGCCCCAGUUGCCAUAAUGGUGGAGUCUGCCAUGAUGACACAGGGGAAUGUAUCUGCCCUCCAGGCUUCAUGGGAACAACAUGUGAAAUGGCAUGUGCUGAACACAGAUUUGGCACAACCUGCAGAGAAACUUGUGGAGAAAAAGAGACAUGCAGAGGGAAUAUGUUCUGCCUAGUGGACCCAUAUGGCUGUUCCUGUGCUACUGGCUGGAAAGGACUUAUGUGUAAUGAAGCUUGUCCAGAGGGUUUCUAUGGACCUGACUGUAAGAUGAAGUGCCUUUGUGCCAGAGGAACCUGUGACAGGUUCAAAGGUUGCAUUUGUCCUCAAGGGUGGAAAGGGCUUCGCUGUGAAAACGAAGGUCCACCCUACAUGCCACCACAGAUACAAGAAAUGGAAACAACAUUAGAGUUGAAUUCUGGGAUAGAGUUUAAGCCUACUUGCAGAGUUAGUGGCUACCCAGCACCAUCGGCACAAGAUUUUGUUCUAUUUAAAGAAGACGGCACUAUGUUUCAGGCCUCGUCUGCAAUUGAAAGUGAUCAGCAGAUAAUCGCCCAGUUUUCAGUAGGAAGAAUUCUACCUCGAGAUUCAGGGUUUUGGAUCUACAGUGUUAAAACGCAAGCAGGGAUGACUGACAAGCAUGUGUAUAUCUCUGUAAAAGUCGCUCCCUAUCCACAGUAUGGACCAAAGCUAAACAAAAGUGGACCUAACUAUCUUAAUAUCUAUGUUAAUAUUGAUUCCUAUGGAGGAGAUGGUCCGAUAGCCACAGCUACUGUACUGUACAAACCUUCUAAGAAAUCUACUCGAUGGAAUCCUCUUUUAGUUCCCCUAACUGAAAAAAUUGCAAAACUUGAGAAUCUGGAGCCAAGAACUGAAUAUAAGGUCUGUGUUCAGCUAAGCCGCAAAGGAGAUGGAGGUGUUGGUCAUCCAGGACCUGAAAGUCUAUUCACCACGGAGGCAUUUGGUCUUCCCCCUCCAAAAGUUAUCAGUCUGACACCUAACAACCAAACAUCUCUAAACUUGACUUGGCUGCCCAACUGGGAAGGCUCUGAAGAAGAACAUGUCAAUAAGGCUGAGUGCUUCAGUCAAGACACUCCUGAAACCCCAUUUUGUAAAAAAACGCCGGGAAAUAAAACUGGAAUUAUUAUAGACAACCUCAAGCCAAGGACAUUAUACCAGUGUAGGGUGAGAGUAGACACAAAGUCCCAAGGUGAAUGGAGUGAGCCAAUGUUCGCCUGGACAUACAGUGAUCAGGUUCCACCACCACCCUCAAAUAUCAAUGUACUUAAUGUUACGGAUUCAACAGCCAUUGUCACCUGGUCCAUUCAAGAUGGUCAUUCGAUUUCAACUAUCAUUAUCCGCUAUAAAAGCUUUGGUGACACAGAGUACAAUCAUGACAUCAAGAUUAGAAAUAUAACCAUUAAUCAAUACCAGUUGAAGGGGCUUGAGGCCAACACACCUUAUCUGAUUGAACUAUGUACUGAGAACAACGUUGGACAAAGUGUUAAUAAUCCAAUCCGAGAUGUAAAAACCCGUCAAGAAAUCAAAGGUGUUCAUGAGCCAAAAGACAACAAUAUGCUCCUCAUUGCUAUUUUGGGCUCUGCUGGUAUGACCUGUCUGACAAUAUUACUUGCAUUCCUAAUUAUGCUGCAGCUGAAGCGAGCCAAUUUCCAGCACAGAAUGGCACAGGCUUUCCAGAAUGGAGUGAGAGAAGAACCUAUAGUGCAGUUCAAUGCUGGAACACUCAACCAUUUAAGGAAAGCUAAGAACAGCCCCGACCCUGUAGAGUAUCCCGUCUUGGAAUGGAAUAAUAUUAAGUUCCAGGAUGUGAUUGGAGAGGGGAAUUUUGGGCAAGUUCUGAAGGCUCGUAUCAAAAAAGAUGGCUUACGCAUGGAUGCUGCCAUCAAAAGAAUGAAAGAGUAUGCAUCUAAAGAUGACCACAGGGAUUUUGCAGGAGAGCUUGAAGUGCUGUGUAAACUUGGUAGUCACCCCAAUAUUAUUAAUCUCCUGGGAGCCUGUGAACAUCGAGGCUACUUGUACUUGGCAAUAGAGUAUGCCCCUCAUGGCAACCUAUUGGAUUUUCUCAGAAAAAGCAGAGUACUGGAGACAGAUCCAGCAUUUGCAAUAGCUAACAGUACCGCGUCAACUCUGUCAUCUCAGCAACUUCUACAGUUUGCAGCAGAUGUAGCCCGAGGCAUGGAUUACCUAAGCCAAAAACAGUUUAUACAUCGGGACUUAGCAGCCAGAAACAUUUUGGUUGGUGAAAACUACAUUGCAAAGAUUGCUGAUUUUGGGUUAUCUCGGGGACAGGAGGUGUAUGUAAAAAAGACAAUGGGAAGGCUCCCAGUUCGAUGGAUGGCAAUCGAAUCUUUGAACUACAGUGUUUAUACGUCAAACAGUGAUGUAUGGUCAUAUGGUGUUUUAAUAUGGGAAAUUGUCAGUUUGGGUGGGACUCCAUAUUGUGGCAUGACAUGUGCAGAACUCUAUGAGAAGUUACCACAAGGGUACAGACUUGAAAAACCUCUCAACUGCGACGAUGAGGUGCAUGAUCUAAUGCGACAGUGCUGGCGUGAGAAGCCAUAUGAACGACCAUCAUUCGCCAAAAUCCUGAUGUCUCUCACACGAAUGCUAGAGGAAAGAAAGACCUAUGUGAAUACAACACUUUAUGAGAAGUUUGCCUAUGCUGGCAUUGAUUGCUCAGCUGAAGAAGCUGCCUAAUGAUAAGCAUCAACUGAACCAGGACUUGGGUGUGCAAUAUUGUGUGUUGUCUGAGAAUGUCUGUAAAAUAUUUUUUUAUACUACACCUGUAAUUUUUUUUUUCUAGAACUGUGUAAAUAGGAUUCCCUUCUCAAGUUAACUAA